CGAGGGCAUAUUCCCAGGGAACACGUGCAGAGGCAUCUGAUAGGCCCUGAAUUGCUGAUGAUCAGCUCAAUUAUCACAAAAAAUCCGGGAAAAUGAUGAUAACUCCAGGGCUCUUGGUUCUUCUCUUGGUAUGUUCUUUUUCUGCAAUCUCAACUCACGGAGAUGAAGACCCAUCAAUCAGAACAAUGGAGGAAUUCUCCGGUUAUCCAAUUCACGAACCUGAUUCUUCUAUUCCAAGUUCGGUUUCUUCAUUAUACGUUGAUGCCCAGAAUCUGCAGAAGCAGAUUGAUGAACUCUCGAGCUUCUCUGAUACACCUGCCCCGUCAGUAACCAGGGUCUUGUAUACUGAAAAGGAUGUUUUAGCUCGCAGGUAUGUUAAAAACUUGAUGGGACUUGCUGGUCUUUCAGUUAGAGAGGAUGCUGUGGGUAACAUAUUUGGUCGUUGGGUUGGCCAAGAACCCGAGCUUGCUGCAGUUGCAACAGGUUCUCACAUUGAUGCUAUCCCUUAUUCUGGUAAAUAUGAUGGAGUUGUUGGGGUUUUAGGUGCCAUAGAAGCCAUCAAUGUCCUGAAAAGGUCUGGAUUCAAACCUAGAAGGUCGUUGGAAGUCAUACUAUUUACUUCCGAAGAGCCUACACGCUUUGGUAUCAGCUGCUUGGGAAGCCGCUUGCUGGCUGGGAGCGAUAAUCUUGUGAAAGCUCUUAGGACAACAACUGAUAGUCAAAACAUAUCCUUUUUAGAUGCUGCAAGAUCUGCUGGAUAUGCAAAAUAUGAAGAUGACUUGUCGAGUGUAUUCUUAAGCAAAGGAACGUAUUCUGCUUUUAUAGAACUGCACAUAGAACAAGGUCCUAUUCUGGAAGAAGAAGGCAUAUCUGUAGGCAUAGUUACGGCAAUAGCAGCCCCAGCAAGCCUGAAGGUCGAAUUUGAAGGCAAUGGUGGCCAUGCAGGCGCUGUCCUAAUGCCUAACAGAAAUGAUGCUGGACUGGCAGCUGCUGAGUUAGCCCUUGCUGUUGAGAAACAUGUAUUGGAAUCUGGUUCUAUUGAUACUGUUGGUACAGUCGGCAUCCUAGAACUGCAUCCUGGAGCAAUCAACAGUAUCCCCAGCCGGUCCCACUUGGAAAUUGACACAAGAGAUAUCAAUGAAGAACGAAGGAACCAAGUUAUUGAGAAAUUUCACCAAUCAGCAAUUAGAAUUGCCAAAACCCGAGGUGUAAGGCUUUCAGAGUUUCAUAUCAUCAACCAGGAUCCACCGGCAACUUCUGCUGAAGAAGUCAUAAAGGCGAUGGAAACUGCAACAAGAGAGCUCAACCUGACGAGCAAGCUGAUGAUUAGUAGAGCCUACCAUGAUUCCCUGUUUAUGGCCAGGUUGUCUUCAAUGGGCAUGAUCUUCAUCCCAUGUUACAAAGGAUACAGCCAUAAACCUGAAGAGUUUGCCAGCAUUCAAGAUAUGUCAAAUGGCGUUAAGGUUUUGGCUCUCACCCUGGCCAAAUUGUCCCUUCUAUAAGAUCUUCUGUAAUGGC